AUGAUAAUCAAGGAGGUCAAUACGGAUCUACAGAAGCAGUUUUCCAAACUGAAAACCCAAGCCCCCAUCGACCAGUAUGCCGUGAUUGACUACUCCUUGGUGACAGCUCCCCAAUUCUCUGGCCACGUCGACACAGCCCACAAGGGAGAGGUGUUCCCGAGGGACACGCCCCAUAAGGAGGCGCCGUACACAGUGCCCGUCAUACGGCCGGAUCCUGACGUUUCCCGGCACGUUUUUCUCUGGGUCACCGAUUACCUGUUUCAGACGGCUGCCUACGUGUACUACGAGGCUGGCAAGUUCGAGUUCAACGUUACUCAGGAUAAGAUGCCUCCUGGUAAAUACAGCCUGAAUACUUCCUCGUUCCUUGUCGAGUCUCUUUUGCCUAAUGUGUCCAAGAAGUAUCCGAACCUGCUGAUGCAAGUAAACGCCAAUGCCACAGCGCCGCCAGUGAUUAACAUCGGCGAGGACAAUGUCAACGUCUCCCUCAAGGCCGACUUGGAUUUUUUCGUCACCCUGCCCAACAAAACUCUGGUGUAUCUCUUCACCUUGAACUCGACCAUCAGUUGUUCGACAUUGCUGUCGAGUGAUGGCAUGAGUCUCAAAUGGAUGACCGACUCCUUGAGUAUCGUGGUUGCUUUGAAACGGUCCGCCAUCGGAAAAAUCCAGAUGAAACCGAUCAGUGAGGCUGUUCACGCCCUGACAAGUUUCUUCCUCAUUCCAUGGAUCAACGAGGAAGGAAGGAAGGGUUUCCCAUUGCCUACCAGCCCUAACAUCAAGUUGGAAAAAACAGUCAUCAAGCAAGGAAAGGGCUUCAUCAAACUUGCUGCUGACAUCAAAUUCACCCCUUCAGCUUUGCUCUAAAGCUCGGAGACAGCAGAAAGGCACAAAGAAAAUCCAAUUGUUGCACAUGAACGUACACUCGUCAGAGUCUAAUAAAAAUGCGGACCGUGUCAUCCAAACUACAACCACUCAAAAUUAAUGGUUCAUUUGGAAUAGGAAUAUGGUGUGAUAAGAAAUUAUGAAACAGUGUUUUUUUUUCUUGAACGUGUUUUUUUUUGUAUACCAAAGCCUGUAAAUAAUUGCAGUAUAACGUUUGAGAAACGUGCAUGUAGAUGAGAAUUGUCGUUCUUGUAUUGUGUUAUCAAAUUUAAUGACUAUUUUGUCGUAAAGUAACAACAUUGGAGAAACAAUGUAUAGAUGAUUUGAACAACUGCACAAUAAUCGUUUUUGUAAGAAGAGUGGCUCAACUAAGUUGUGUACCAGUGCGCCUUUAUAACGAAGAAAGCAUAAUACCACUAGAAUUGAAAACUAAAUUUGACAAGUGGAUUUUUGUUUCAGUGGGGCAUUUCGGUUUGGGAGCGGGGGGGGGGGGGAGGAGGGCAAAUUUGUCGUAACUUUUUAAAAGACCUUGUUACAUGAAUUCACAUUUUGUAAUCAUAUUUUUUUUAAACUUGGAAAUCGAUUAUUAUUAUUAUUAUUCAAGUAUAUAUUUCGUAGUGUUUAAUAUGCUGUAUUUUGCUGUCUGAGUUCUUCAGCAUUUAGGCCUACGCUAAAAGUUGCAAUUAUACGCGCUUCAAAGUCUGAAAUUCUGUUCAUUUUGCGCGGCCUCUGUUGGCCAAACUAUUUUGCAACGGCAAUAAAAAAUGCUGAAGAGAGUGUAUGGGGAAUUCAGCGAUUAAAACGUAGAAUUAAAAACAUACCGAAACUCCAUUUUUUACAAUAAGAAUUUAAACAUAAUUGGUGCAAAAGGGACAUUAAAGAUAAGCGUGCAAAACGGCAA